AUGAUUAAUGAUGUCUAUAUAUCUUUGCAGCCUUAUUCUCCUGAUAAUCGGGCUUUAGCAAGAGAAUGCAAAGAUGUGAAAAUUGACAGAGUAUAUAUCGGUUCUUGUACAGGAGGAAAAACGGAGGACUUUAUGGCUGCAGCCAAAGUUUUCCUAGCUUCAGGCAAAAAGGUGAAAGUUCCCACAUUCCUCGUCCCUGCAACCCAAAAGGUUUGGAUGGAUGUAUAUAGUCUUGAAGUACCAGGAUCUGGUGGCAAGACUUGCUCCCAGAUAUUUGAAGAAGCUGGUUGUGACACACCGGCAAGUCCUGGUUGUGGUGCUUGUUUGGGUGGCCCUAGAGACACUUAUGGACGCAUGAAUGAAUCUAUGGUCUGUGUGUCAACCACAAACAGAAACUUCCCAGGCCGAAUGGGACAUAAAGAAGGCCAGAUAUAUCUUGCUUCUCCAUAUACUGCAGCAGCAUCUGCUUUGACAGGCUAUGUUACCGAUCCAAGGGAGUUCUUGCUGUAGGCUAUAAAUAUCAUAAAUAUGUUGGUUACUUUGUACCCCAUCACUGGAGGUCAAAUAAUGGAUCUUGCUGUACGGAUGCUUGAAGCUGUUGUGUUUUAUGAUUAUUAGGAUCUUUUAGUGCUAAUAAAUAGCUUUUAAGUGAGUUGUAGCCUCUGCAAUAAACUUUGUUUCUUAGGGCAGUAGUGCUGGAACGACCCAUCAAAGAAACCAAGGAAUAAGGGGAGAUGAAUGUCAUGACAAUCGCUGUUGACAAGACUCAUCAUUGUAUAUGAUUUUUCCAUGUAUUGGAACUUGUUUGGUUUA